GCCACACUUACCUCUGUUUGUCUUUUUCUCCUUUAUUUUCCCACCAACGCCCGCCAUGAAAUCUCAGAAUCGAUAGAAACAGUAUACAUAGAGAGAGAGAGAGAGAGAGAGAGAGAGAAGAAGAGAGAGAGGGAGAGAGGGAAUGGCGAUGGCAAUGGCUGCUCUGCGGAGGCUCUCUACGUCGGCUAGGUCCUGCCGACAACCCGUUAACGGAGGCGCCGUUUACUAUAUGUCAUCUCUUCCCAACGAGGCUGUGUGCGAGAAGGAGAAACCUGGUGUUACGUGGCCAAAGCAACUUAAUGCUCCACUUGAGGUGGUGGAUCCGGAGAUCGCAGAUAUUAUCGAGCUGGAGAAAGCGAGGCAAUGGAAGGGUCUUGAACUUAUUCCGUCUGAGAAUUUCACUUCUGUGUCAGUCAUGCAAGCAGUUGGAUCUAUUAUGACUAACAAAUACAGUGAAGGCUAUCCUGGUGCACGUUAUUAUGGUGGAAAUGAGUAUAUUGAUAUGGCAGAAUCUCUAUGUCAAAAGCGUGCACUAGAAGCAUUUCGGUUGGAUCCCAAGAAGUGGGGAGUAAAUGUGCAGCCUUUGUCUGGAUCUCCUUCAAACUUUCAAGUCUACACUGCUGUGCUUAAAGCCCAUGACAGGAUUAUGGCACUUGAUCUUCCUCAUGGUGGACAUCUUUCACAUGGUUACCAGACUGACACAAAGAAGAUAUCUGCUGUCUCCAUAUUUUUUGAGACAAUGCCCUAUCGGUUGGAUGAGAGUACUGGCUAUAUUGAUUAUGACCAGCUAGAAAAAAGUGCAGCUCUCUUUAGGCCAAAACUUAUAGUUGCUGGUGCAAGUGCCUAUGCACGCCUUUAUGAUUAUGCACGGAUUCGCAAGGUCUGUGACAAGCAAAAGGCCAUUCUCUUGGCUGACAUGGCACACAUUAGUGGUCUGGUUGCUGCAGGUGUUAUUCCAUCUCCUUUUGAUUAUGCAGAUAUUGUGACCACAACAACACACAAGUCACUCCGUGGGCCUCGUGGUGCCAUGAUCUUUUUCCGGAAGGGGGUUAAAGAGGUCAACAAACAAGGACAAGAGGUGUUGUAUGAUUUUGAGGAGAAAAUUAAUGCAGCAGUCUUUCCUGGGCUUCAAGGUGGCCCACAUAAUCAUACUAUUACUGGCCUAGCAGUUGCCCUCAAACAGGCUACCACUCCUGAAUACAAAGCCUACCAGGAACAAGUGCUCAGUAAUUGCUCAAAAUUUGCUGAGUGCUUACAAAACAAAGGUUAUGAGCUUGUCUCUGGAGGAACUGAAAACCACCUUGUCUUGGUGAAUCUGAAAAAUAAGGGGAUUGAUGGUUCUAGAGUUGAAAAGGUGAUGGAACUAGUUCAUAUUGCAGCCAACAAGAACACAGUUCCUGGUGAUGUUUCUGCCAUGGUCCCUGGUGGCAUCAGGAUGGGAACACCGGCCCUGACAUCCAGAGGUUUCACUGAGGAGGAUUUUGCUAAAGUAGCAGACUUUUUUGAUGCUGCAGUCUCACUAGCUCUAAAGAUCAAGGCGGAAACAAAAGGAACAAAGUUGAAGGACUUUUUGAACACUAUCCAGACAAGUGCACAUUUCCAAUCAGAGAUUCAGAAGCUCCGCUAUGAUGUUGAGGAGUAUGCAAAGCAAUUCCCUACAAUUGGAUUUGAAAAGGAAACAAUGAAGUAUAAGAACUGAUGACAGCCUAAUUACGCUAGCAGGAUGAAAAGGUGCUCUUGGUGUGAGGGUUUCGAGUCCUGUUGAUGCGGAAAGUUGUACGGGGAGGCAACUUGAUCUACAGGCAUAUUUGUAAAAGCAACUGAACUUUCUUUGGAGCAACGAUGCUGUUGGUUGCGUACCAAAGCCCAAAUAUCAAUGUAUCUCGUUGGAUUA